AUGAGCGCCGACAGCAGCGCGCUGGACCAGCGCCUCUGGCAGGGGCCGGUGUGCGCGGGCUGGAAGCAGGAUGUGGAAGGGGCCCUCUACCACCUGGCCAACUGCGUCUUGCUCCUGGGCUUCAUGGGAGGCAGCGGGGUGUACGGAUGCUUCUAUCUCUUCGGCUUCCUGGGCACCGGCUACGUGUGCUGCGUGCUGUGGGGCUGGUUCAAUGCCUGCGGCCUGGACAUUGUCAUCUGGAACUUCCUGCUGGCAACGGCCUGCCUGCUCCAGCUGGCACACCUGGUCUACCGCCUGCGCAAGGACACCCUCCCCGAGGAGUUCCACCUCCUCUACAGGACGCUGUGCGUGCCCCUGCAGGUGCCCAUGCAGGCGUACAAGGAGAUCGUUCGCUGCUGCGAGGAGCAGGUGCUGACUCUGGCCACCGAACAGACCUAUGCCGUGGAGGGCGAGACGCCCAUCGACCGCCUGUCCCUGCUGCUCUCUGGCCGGGUUCGUGUGAGCCAGGACGGGCAGUUUCUGCACUACAUCUUUCCUUACCAGUUCAUGGACUCUCCUGAAUGGGAAUCACUGCCGCCCUCUGAGGAGGGCGUGUUCCAGGUGACUCUGACUGCAGAGACCCCAUGCAGCUACAUUUCCUGGCCCCGGAAAAGCCUUCACCUUCUUCUGGCCAAAGAGCGAUACAUCUCCCGCCUCUUCUCAGUCCUGCUGGGCUACGACAUCUCCGAAAAGAUCUACGCUCUCAACGAGAAGCUCUUCGCUAAGUUUGGGUUGUGCUUCGACAUCCGUCUCCCCAGCCUCUAUCACGUCCUGGGUUCUGCUGCUUCCGAUGCUGGGCCAGAGUCUGAGAAGGAGGAUGAGGAAGUCCACGAGCCAGCCGCAGCCCCUCCUCAGGCCGCGCCCACACCUGACCAGCACAUGCCCUCUUGCUCUCCCCCGCCAGCCACCCACCCUCCAGCACGGCCUUCCCGGGCCAGGGUGUCCCGGCCCGACAGCGACGGCCUGGCUUCUAGAAUUCCUCUCCAUAGCUACUCUCAAGUUAUGUCCACGGGACAGGCCCCCUUGGCUCCGGUCAACACUCCUGAACUUUAA